AUGGAUGCGCCUGCCUCUCUCUCCCUCUACAAACAAGCCAUCACUCAUUGCACCACGCGCCUCAGCAUGGGCUACAGUUCGGCAUCCGAGGGCGAGAUUGUCCAAGACAAGGCAACUAGAUCGCGACCUCCCCAGCCAGUGACCACGCCAUUGACCGCAGAAGCAGACCUCGAUCGCCCCCAUCGAGGUACAACCAGAAACCUCGCGCAAACCACCAUAACCACCAUCAACACGACUCACACAAGCGCCCAUACUCCCGCCGUGAUGACUACCGCCAACACGAUCGCUACCCACACGACCGUCACUCGACACACUCGACCCACUCCCGCCACAACCAAGACCAUCCAGAGAAGCGCCAGCGUCACAACAGGAGCCCGUCACCCGUCCAAAAGCCCCCAUUCACGAGACACCUACGCCUGUUGUCCCUGA